CGCCUCCCUCCUCCGCCGCCAUGGCGGCGCCCCCGGUCGCCGGGCUGCUGCCGCUGCUGCUGCUGCUGGCGGCGGCGGCGGGCGGCGGCGCGGGCCCCGCCUGGGACCCCGCCGGCUACCUGCUCUACUGCCCCUGCAUGGGCCGCUUCGGGAACCAGGCCGAGCACUUCCUGGGCGCCCUGGCCUUCGCCCGCGCCCUCAACCGCACCCUGGCCGUGCCGCCCUGGAUCGAGUACCGCCACCACCGCCCGCCCUACACCAACCUGCACGUCCCCUACGCGCAGUACUUCAGGCUGGAGCCGCUCCUCGAGUACCACCGCGUCGUCAGCCUGGAGGAGUUCAUGGAGGAGCUGGCGCCCGCCCGCUGGCCCCCCGGCAAGCGAGUGGCCUACUGCUUCGAGGCCGCAGCCCAGAGGAGCACCGACAAAAGUACUUGUCCCAUGAAGGAUGGAAACCCGUUUGGUCCAUUCUGGGAUCAGUUCAAAGUGGAUUUUGAUAAGUCUGAGCUCUUCAAGGGAAUUUCCUUCAGUUCCGCCUACAAGGACCAUUGGAUCCAAAGGUUUCCACCAUCUGAGCACCCUGUACUUGCCUUACCUGGAGCUCCAGCCCAGUUUCCAGUCUUAGAAGAGCAUCGACCUCUGCAUAAGUAUAUUGUGUGGUCUGAUGAAAUGGUGAAGAAAGGAGAAGCCUAUAUUCAUUCUCUCCUGGUUAGGCCCUACGUAGGAAUCCACCUGAGGAUCGGCUCAGACUGGAAAAAUGCUUGUAAUAUGUUAAAGGAUGGGACAGCUGGGCCUCACUUCAUGGCUUCACCUCAGUGUGUGGGCUAUGACCGAAACACUGCUGUGUCUCUUACCAUGGAUAUGUGCCUGCCAGACCUCAAAGAGAUCAAGCGUGCUCUGAAGCUCUGGGUGAAAAAGACAGAAGCUAAAUCUAUUUAUAUUGCUACUGAUUCUGAGCCCUACACCAAGGAAAUACAGCAGUUCUUCCAAGGAAAGAUCAAAGUUGUAAGCUUGCAGCCUGAAGUGGCCCAGAUUGACUUGUACGUUCUUGGCCAGUCCGAUCAUUUUAUUGGGAACUGUGUCUCCUCAUUUACCGCCUUUGUGAAGCGAGAGCGCGAUGUGCAUGGAAAACCCUCUUCGUUUUUUGGCAUGGACCACCCACCAAGGUUACGGGAUGAAUUCUGACCAAAAGAGAAACGGGCUUGAUAGUUCUCAGAGCUCUGAGCUCAGUACCUUACUGAGGGACCACUCAAUGUUAGCGUUGUUCUGCCGUGUGUAGAACAUUCAGCCAAACUGUGGCAGACUGGUUUUCAAACCUUCGUUACUCUUCACGGUUAUUUCUAGACUGUUCUGUCUGACUUCUCAAUUCUCCCAUACUGCUGGCAUGAGAUCAGACAGAAGGGAAAUUUUUUAUCAUGUAGUUUAUAGGAAACUAUAAACUACGUAGUUUAUAAGCUAUAGUUUAUAUCGUUUUCCGUUCUCGUUAUUUGAGAUUUGUCGUAAUUUGACAAUUAUGAUCAAGCAGCUGCUCAACUUUAUUUUCCUUCAUUUUUUUUUCUCUUAAAUCUUAAUCACUUUACCUGGAGAUGUUGAGAAGCUUCUUGUUGUCCAAAACUGACCAUAAGUUCUCUUGAAGUGCAAAGUAUUUUCAGGAAGAUCGUUGUCCCUGGAAGAGAAUGCAAGAUAAAGCUCAGGCUUGAGAGUUAGAAGAUCUGGGUUUUAUCAAGUACUGCUGCUGCGUUAUUAGAGCCAAAUCGCCUCUGUGCCUCAGUUUCCGUUCCCCUCUAAAAAGGGGUUUAACACCUGCUUCACAGCAGUGUUGUGAGAGUAAACAUUUGUGGGGCACUCUCGUAAGUGGUGCUACAGAAGUACAGUGGUGUCAGGUUGUAACAUUGCCAUUGCCAGUUCAGCCAGUCUUAGUACCUGUAUUGACCUGGGGAAGGUGGGCUUAGAGGGAUGCAGACAGGUAAUUUUUCUUAGACAGUCAUGAGUGGAGACUGAGGGCUUUGUAGCUGUUAAUUUAAGGUGGAGGUCUAUGGUAGGAAUGUAACUUCUUUUUUUUUUUGAGUUAAUUCUGAAAUCGCCUUAGUAUAGGUUGGUUUAUGUCUUAUCUAGGUCCACAUUAAUGGUUUUCUGAUUGUUGUUGUUGUUGUUGUAAAAUAAUCCCUCUGACAACACAGUUGUCUGUAGGAUUGGUUCCUGUUGUAGCUAUGUGCGGAAAAUGUUAGCUAAUGGUGAAACAGUAACCACAGAAAAAAAUUACCAUUUGACCCAGUACAGGUUAGUGCUGGUAAUAGUGAUAAUCCCUAUCUGAUAAAUCUGUUUGACCAAUGACUUUGGUUAUUCCUAUGAUUUUUAAAGGCUGAGAAUGGAACUUAACUGUUUACUUUUUUAAAAUGGUGACUAGAUAAAGCUGUGGUGGCUUCCUCUGAUGCACUGUUAUGGUCUACAUAAUGUUCUUUUAGAGCAUUUACUUGGGUUUAAUUCUGAAUGCCUCAUUUUUUCAUCUCUCCCCUUGGAAGUGUUCCUGUGGCUUGAAGGAAUUUGAAGGUUCAAAGGAGCAGAAGAGGCCUGAGUUAAGUAAGAUACCUGAAGUGUCAGGGUGGCAUAAACUUGUGUCUUGAUUCUUCAGUGCUGGCUUCCAGAAACGUAUGAGACUCAGUUGUUGCAGGGAGUCUAGCGGUUAGUUCAUCCUGUAAUUGAGCGAUUAGAGUUGACAUUAGAUUAAUGCUUUUGGCUAAAGCACAAGCAGUUUUCUGUAAUUGAAGGUUACUACUGGGAGCUAGUGCAGGAACACCGGCUAGGGAGACAGCUGACAGAGACAGUUGAGACAUUUUAACAUGAUGAUGCAUGGCUUGUAGCUGACUCUGUAAUUGCAUUGCAUGUUGGGUCACCUGUUCAGCUCCUGCCAAAAGACUGGUGUGAGAAGAAACAAAGGUCCUGGGAAUUCUCCCUGGUUGGCCAAAUAGGUUUAACAUCCUAGGGAUGUUAAUUCAAAGGUUAAAAUAGGUGUGUGACAUGUAUUCCAAAGUGCCGGUGGUAGGGCUUCUGGCCACUUAAAUCCUGUUUCCUGGCAAAGCUUUGGCAAUUUAUUUCUCAGUGUUUGCGUUCUACAUGUCUUGAUGACUGCGGGUGAUAAGGAGUAUGUGUUUGUGCUGUGAUCCCUGAGACUUGAUAUAGGUGUUGUAAAAGUUGGGCAGUGAAAUGACUGCCCUGGUUGUAAAUUGUCACUUCAGGGAUGCCAAAACGUGGAAUGAUGUCUUUCGAUAGGGCUUUCCCCGCUGUUUUAGCAUCGGCAGUUCUGGUGCGGAAUGCUUCCACCCAUCAACACAACUGAUCCAGCACCACCAAAAGGUGUUUCACUCCAUUUGCACCUGUGAAAAAUUCUUAGACCCUGUCAUUGCUGCUGGACCUCUGGGACAAUCAUGUGCCUGGUUGUCCCAUACAUCGCAGACUGGGUCAAAGGGAUUAUUGCUGUCUUCCAAACGGAGCCGCAGAAACGUUAAUCUUACCUGAUCGAAGGAACCCUCGGGUGGCCGGACCUGGGUGGGUGUCCCCUCCUGGGUACCUGCUGGCCCUUCCUCCUUGCAGAGCGUGGCCACGCGCUCCCUGGAUAAGCCCUCAGUACCAUCUAAAUGUUUCCAAUUAUUUAAAAUUUCUGGAAAAGGGGUUCCUGGCCUGAUCCCACCUUGUGUGUUCCCUGUGAUAUCAACUGUUUUCAAUGCUAUUCGAUGUGGAAAACCCCAAACAAGCACGUCUAGGGUGAAUUCACCCAGAUGCUGGCGUAGACAUCUUUACUUGAGGGCUUUCCAUCUCAGGCAGUCUGUGGUCCUGCCUGGGUCACCGUAAAUGUUAGGAAAUGUCAUAUGUUGGUAUGACCACCUAAGUGCUUUUUGCAGGAAUAGCAAUCAUCGACAAAUCACAUGGAACAAGCACAAGGAUUUAUGGAGAGUUUAUUUUGCCAGGCAAAAUAGUGUCUCCUGCAGGAGCGGCCCCUCACUCCAGUGCAGCCUGCAAUUUAUACACAACCAGUCAUCAUGCAUAUUCAGUUGUUUCUUACAAUGUUCUUCCCUAAUGUGGGCAAACAAAUAGACUUCAAACUCGUGACUGGUUAUCUCCAAUGAGGAAGCUAUUAAACGUGCAGCCGUAUCAGGUCAUCUCUCUCUGCCACCUCGGCAUAACAAGGAAGUUACCAGCGUUCACGGCCCUGGUGCAUCUGCACAAAAUGGCGAUUUUCCCAAGCAAGAUGGAGGUGACCACAGUCUCCACCACGUUCAGCAGCGUUUUUCUCAGUGUGAUCGUCUUGAAGGACGCUAUCAGGGCUGCCUUGGUCACAAGGCGAGACAGGGCUUUUCGUCGUUAUUGGGAAUACUGUGUAUUAAGAGAAAAACACAAAAUUUUGUAUUUUUUUAUCAGUAAAGCACAAUGAACCUUGA